CAUUUCUAAACCCCUUUCCAUUUAUACUCUCGAUGAUAUAUAAAUAGCAUAUGGGUUCUCUUUGGAACUUCAAAUUAUGAAAGUCCCUUUAAACUCUAUCUGAUAAAACCGGUGUCCUAAUUAGUAAUUACAUAGUUAGAAUGGCCCUUACACUUUGUCAUAUUACCUCUAAUCCCAAAAGUUUCUUUGACUUAUCCAUUCAAAAAAACAAUUUCACACAAAUCCUAAGACAAAAGAGUUCACAACAUUAUGCAAUAAAAUGUGAAGCCAAAAACAAUGCGAUGCAAACAACAAAUUACAAGCAAAGUGUUUGGAGUCAUGAGUUUAUCAAUGGCCUGGACACCAAUGUCUCUAUGAACUGGAAUGAGAAGAUGGCCAAAGUUGAGAAGCUAGAGGAUGAUGUGAUGAAAAUGAUUAUGGAUUAUGAAAAUGAUGGUUCGAGUACUUUAACACUACUCCUGGAGCUCGUAGAUAACAUUGAAAGGUUGGGGCUUGGCUAUCGGUUUCAAACCAAUAUAAUGAGAGCACUCAACAAAGUAGCCUCUCUAAAUGAUCAACACGACUUGCGACUUGAAGAAGACAAUCUGCAUGCAGUGUCUCUUAAAUUCAGGCUUCUUAGACAACAUGGUUAUAGUGUGUGCGAAGAUUUUCUUGAGAGAUUCAAGGACAUCGAUGGUGGUUUGAGAGGAUUUCUAGGUAAGGCGGACGUCAAAUCUUUGUUAAGUCUUUAUGAAGCUUCAUAUCUUGCACUUGAAGGGGAAACAAGUUUGCAUGAAGCCAAGUUAAUGGCGACUGAGAUUUUGCUGAAACUAAAUCGUCUUGAAAACGAAGCAAUGUAUGACCAAGUAAAUCAUGCAUUGGAAACCCCAUUGUAUCGCAGAAUGCUUAGGCUAGAAGCUAGAUGGUACAUUGAUGCAUAUGGUAAACAAGAAGAUGCAAACAAACUUUUACUUGAGCUUGCAAUAUUGGAUUUCAAUAUGGUUCAAACAACACACAAGAAAGACCUACAAGAAGUCUCAAAAUGGUGGAAAGAUAUAGGCCUAGCAAGAAAGUUGAGCUUCAUCAGAGACAGAAUCAUGGAAUGCUUCUUUGGUAGUGUUGGAGGGACAUUUGAACCUCAAUACAGUUCUUGCCGUCUUGGAAUAACAAAAGUUUUCGCGUUGAUAAAUACGAUUGAUGACAUUUUUGAUCACUAUGGAUCUCUAGAUGAACUCAAGGUCUUUAACAGCGCUGUCAAGAGGUGGGACAUUAACGCAAUUGAAGCUAUGCCAGAGUAUCUACAAGUUGGCUUCUUAGCGCUUUUCAACACUGUUAACGAAAUUGGUUAUGACACAUUGAUUGCACAAGGAAGAAACCCCAUACCAAUCCUUGCAAAAGUGUGGGGAGACUUAUUUGAAGCAUUCAUGGUGGAAGCAAGGUGGAGUGGUAGCAACCACAUGCCAACACUUGCAGAAUACCUAGACAACGCAUGGCGAUCAGUUGCAGGGAUGGUUACACUUACACAUGGCUACUUCUUAAUUAAUCAAGAGGUCAACAAAGAUGCAACCAAGUCGUUGGACAAGUGCCACGAUCUUUAUAAGUGGUCGUCAAUGAUUGCUCGGCUAUACAAUGAUUUGGCUGCUUCAUCGGACGAGAUAGAAAAAGGCGUAAAUGCAAUAUCAUGUUACAUGAAUGAUCAAUCUGUUAGUGAAGAAGUCGCGCGUGAACAUAUAGAAAGUCUAGUCGACAAAGCAUGGAUGAAAAUGAUCGAGGCUCGAAUUUCUUGUUCUGGAGAAUUGGCAGAUCCGGUAAUUGAAACGGCCAUUAAUCAAGCAAGAGUUGUGCAGUGUAUAUAUCAGUAUGGUGACAAAGUAAAAUCUCCUGACGCUACAACUAAGGCUGGAAUCUUGUCUAUGCUUAUUCAGCCGAUUACCAUUAGAAAAUAAGUGCACCAAUUCAUGUCCUGCACACGUACAGCCACUACAUCCCACAUUUUUGUUUUUGUUGAAAGAUACUCGUACUAUUUUAUAAACUCCCCGGUCGGAUCAAUAACCAAAAAGUCUUUUCCCACAAUUAUUUUGGAAAAACCUCGGGUUUUGUUAAGAAUAUUUUGAAGGUUGGAGAUUGAAGAUCGACAGUCUCAUCCAUCCACUCAUCAAUUUAUUAAUUAAUUGUUUAAUUUCUUCACUUUUGUCAUUUUAAACAUUAUAAUUAUUUUCAUGUCUAUAUAUAAUAUAUUUAUAGAUAAAGUACUUGUGUUUAUUUUAA